AUGGGAUUAGGUUUCAUAGACGACAUAGCCCUCCUGGCACACGCAAAAACAUAUGAAGAAGCCAACAACAAACUCAAGAACAUGAUGGAAAAACCGGGGGGUACCUUAGAGUGGAGCCAUGAGCACAACGCUGAAUUCGAACUAGACAAGACUGCACUGAUCUGCCUGUCAAGAAAGCACACUGCAGACAAAGACAACCCCGGAAAAUCGAAACCCAUGCAUCGUCCCUCAAUCACAAUAGGUAAUCAUACCAUUAAUCCCUCACACUCACAUAAGUUUUUAGGAAUAAUAAUCGACAAAGAACUGCGCUUCAAAGAACAUGCCACAUACGCCUUGGCAAAAGGCACAAAGUACAUGAUGACGUGCCAGAGAAUGAUCAGAACAACGAAGGGCAUGAAGGGGAGGUGGAUGAGAAAACUAUACAGAGGAGUAAUCAUUCCUAAGAUGUUAUACGCAGCUGAUGUGUGGUGCACAGACCUCAUCUCAAAAGGAAGGGGCAAAUCAGGAGGCAGAGGAGCGAGGGGCUUUGCGUCACAGAUGGUGCAAGUCCACAGGAUGGCCACUAUCCUAAUCACUGGGGCAAUGCGUUGUGACAGUCAACAUUCCACUGCCUCAGACCUAUUUGACAUGCAUGCUGAUACUGCCCCUUUUCAGCAAAUCUUGAGAAGCCAAUGCCACCACGCCACACUGAGACUGGCCACCCUACACACGGACCACCCACUACAUAAAGGUGUCGCGUCAGCACACCGAUAUUUAGCGAAGCAUGACUUCACCAAACAGAAACAACUCCCAUCCCCAAUACACAAACUUUUCCGUGAAUUCAAGAUCAACCCUAACACCACCGAAACAAUCCUCCCCAUUCGCCACUACCCCAAGUGGACCCCAGACGUCAAAGUGCAGAUAGUGGAGUUGAAGGAAAAGUCACUUGAGGAAGACACAAGAGCAGGAGAAGAGCUAAGGGUGUACUCAGAUGGUUCAGUAAUAGAUGGAGGUGUAGGAGGCGCAGCUGUGUUGAUGGAAGGGGAGAGAAGAAUCAGGGAGAGCAGAUUCCACCUAGGAAAGGAGGAGGAACACACGGUGUAUGAGGGCGAGAUAGUAGGAAUGAUACUCACAGUCAAGCUGCUG